GUUGUCGGUAUAUUUACGUUGACAAAAGUAGUGUUGUGUGUUUGAUGGAAAAAUAAAGGGCUCACGGAUGACAAAAAUGCGGGAAGUACCGACUGAUAACGAUUCCAGCCUGGAGGGGAGCAUCGUAGAGGAUGAUGACUCGGACACCUUCCACGAUGCUCUCGAGCAACAACCGGUGAUGGACCUCCAUCGCGCUCUCAGCGACUGCUCAGUGGCCAUCAAGAAGUUCUUCAGCAACGACAUAGCUGGCGCUGAAGCCAUCAUGACACCAUGGAAAGGCACAUCCCUAUACCAUGCCCACGGCGCUGCCAUCUUCGAGUUCGUUCCAGCUGUGCUGACGAUGGACCCUUACCAGGUGCACCGAGCCCGCUUAGCCCUGCAGCAUACGCUCAGCCUGUACGCGAAGGAGAAGCUCAGCUCAUCCUUCUCGCAGACUCUCAGUUCCAUCGUCAAGAAGCAUAACUACGCGGCGUACACGGACAUGCAAGCCCACGCAGAGCUCAUCAACGCGGAAUGCCAACUGAUCAUAGCCUGCAUCGGUGCCCUUGAGAGUGAGGACAUGGCUGGAGUCAUCCGUGUCUCCAUGCGUAUCCGAUCCGCAUUCACCAGCUACAAGUACUGCGCAAAGCUGCUUGAGCACCGCCAGUGGGAGAACGAUCAGUCUCGCUGGCACUUCUCUAGCGGUGUCAAGCUUGGUUUGGGCACCUUCAACGUCAUGAUAGCUAUGCUGCCGCCCAAGCUCAUCUCGGUGCUUGAGUUCGUGGGCUUUACUGCUAAUAAGGAGGUGGGCCUAGACGAACUGCUGGAAGCCUCUGAUCUACCAGGUCUGAGGUCUGUGCUCUGCCGCAUGACAGUGCUGGCCUACCACCUGGUCAUCGCCAACUUUGCCUCCGUACCCCCAGACCUAGUGGUCACGCAGAAACUGCUGAAGAGCAGCUUGGAGCUGUACCCGGGCAGCGUCUGGUUCCUUCUCUUCAAGGGCCGCAUUGAGCUGAUGACUGGCAUGAUCGAUGAGAGCGUGAAGACCUACCGCAUCGUGGCAGAGCACUCGCUCCUCUGGAAACAGAUACAGCAUUUGGCUUGCUGGGAGAUCAUGUGGGCUGAAUGCCUGAUGCUGAACUGGAACAACUGCCUUAGCAGCGUGGAUGUGCUUGUGCGGGACAGCAAGUGGUCCACCACCAUCUACAUGUACCUGCGGGCGGCCAUCUUGAUGGAGAUUGAUGAUGAUGGCCGCGACGCGACUGGAGUUAUCGCCGCUAUGAUCAUGGGCGCACCCAGCCACCGUCGCCGCAUUAUGGGCCGCUCGGUGCCCAUGGAGAAAUUCAUCGAACGACGCUGCAACCAGUGGCGCCAGAAGGGCUACCUAAUCCUUCCAGCCAUAGAGAUGGCCUGCCUCUGGAACCUGUUCCCAGCUCUCGCCAAAGACACGCACUAUGCCGAUACCAUGCUACGGAAAAUCGAGCGCGUGUACAACAAAAUCGAGGCUGCGGAGGAUCCCCACUACAUCCCCGGGCCGGGGCGUCACAACUACGACGUGGAGGACAAGGCCGUGAUCAGCUUCCUACGCGGCUCCCUGCUGACCGCCAUGAAGCUGCCCCGCCUCGCGCUGAGAUUCCUCGAUGACGUUAUCGACCUGAAGGACAGGAUCAAGGACAACAAAUACGUUGUGCCAUUCGCUGUGGUAGAUGCAGCCACCUGCUACUUUGAUAUGGGAGAACCCAGUUUCGCCAUUCACAUGCUAAACGAGGCCAGGCGAAAAUACUCCAAUUUCGUGCUGGAUUCCCGACUGCUUUUCCGGAUUCACGGCAAACUCAAUACCAUCAGAGCGUACCAAGAGUCGCUGAAAUCAAGCACAAAACCAGAAUCAGCAUUGGAAGCAGUUGAAACUCCCGCGCAAAUACAAAAUCUGUCCAAAGCAAAGAGAGUGCUCGGCAUAGAGACCGACGUCUAAAUUCUUAACAUUAUAAAUGUUUAAUACAAUUGAAUAAUCAACUUUCAAUUCGUUACAAUUCUAUUUUUUUGCUUGCCAGAAGAUCUCGACUAUCGAGUUUCAGUUAGCUUUUUCUAACAGCUUGUAGAGAUAUUUAAAACUAGAGCGUAAAAAUCUUGUCUGUUCAUUGUAAUUUGUAUACUUAUUACAAACUAUUUAAACGAUGUAGUGUAACGAUUUUAAAUUCACUAGUUCUUUACAUCUAUUUUAUGACAUUUAGGAGACAUGCAUGUAAAGUAUUGUUGUGUGUUCGAUCUACCGUCUACGGAAGAUUACGGAAUAUUUAAUGUGUAUUUUACUUAAUUAAUAAUUAUGUAUCAAUAUUACGUAUAAUAAUUCAUGUUUACUGGAGAGAAACACAAAUAAAAGUCUAAGUAUUUACAAUUUUCGAUCGGUCCAAAAUUUUUUUCGUUGAUUUUGUAACAUUUUCAAAUAAAACAAUCCUAUUUUUACUUAUUUCCGUCCAGUCUAAAAUAACAAAUCUAACGUUAUAAAAAGUUCUUUUGAAGAUCAGUAGGUACACAAGCCUAAGAAAACUACAAAUAAAAAUAUUUAAAAGUACUUAUUUAAGAAAAAAAUACAGAUUAAUAAAUGUUUAGUUAUUUAGGAACUAUUUUGGUCAAAUCCUUAAUUAUACUUUCUGUUUUUGUUACGACCUUUAAGUUAUUUUUGGUAUGUUGAGGAGAUUUUUAAGACUAAAAUAAUUGUGGUAUUGAAUGAAUAAACUAUGACGAUGAUUGUGAUAGUAGUGUGCGAUAAGAUACAUGUUUUCAUAAAAAUAUUUUAGAUUUCUUAAACCACUUGACACUUCAUCUUGUCUCGUCUAGUCUGUGCACUCCCGAUAUCUACAAAAAAAUAAUGCAACAC